CCUAUAUGCACGUCAAACCUGUGUUAGAGCAGUUCAACCUCUAUGACGUGACUAUAUCUGUCUCUUUCUAGCCCCGCUAUGGCGGCGCGCGGUGGUUUGUUGCUUCAGUACGCUUUUCUAUUCGGAGAGAGCGCACGCGCUCAUUCCUAGACACCUAUAAUCGAGACUAUAGCAGUGAUCAACAUAUACAGAUACAGUCAUGUCAUCGCAGACUACAAUGGGUGAACUGGCUGCGAGGCCGCCAGACGAUAACAAGAAAGCCUUCCUCGCCAUUGUCGACAUCGUGGACCGGUUUUUCCCGGAAAAUUGGCGGGAAUGGAAGAUUCACGACAUCUCGUUUCGGGACCUUUUUGGGGCGGACGAGAUAUCAUCGGCAACUGAAAUCAAGCUCAGAUUCGCCAUCCCUACCCUGGACCUGGCAAGAGCAUUUAACCCUACCGCCACAUCCUUGUCAGAGAGAGCAUAUAGGGCCAUCCGUAACACGCUGGUGCACUGGCCCUUCGGCCGAGCACUAAUGUAUGCUCCUCAUAGACUGAUGGAGAUGAUACACGAACCAUCGUACGACGAGUUUAUGAACGCCGUGAAGGCAAUCAAACCCGUCAUGCUCAGACGAAGAGCAGCAUCCAUGGAGCUGUCAGGCAGCACAACGCCGGUGGUUAUUACCAAUAAGCGGGUGUCUUCUCCUAACACCCCAGCUGCUCGACCAAAUGAUCAGUAUCAAGCGAAGCGCGUCAAAGAUAUGAGCACCUCCAACAUAACGGAGGGUAGCAGCGCACAUCUGCUGGCAUCGGUUUUAGGUCAGCAAACGGAGCUUUUCAAUAAAAUGAUCGCUAUGCAAGCGCAACAGAAUAGAAACAUCGAGAAGCUGAUCGAGAGCAACGCGUAUAGGUCAUCCCCGGCUGAGCUAUCACAACAUGAAGAUUUGGACGGCUCCUUUGAGUCCCAGCCGGACAGCACGAACUCAAGAGGAGAAGAGGACGGAGAAGAAGAAGAAAUUGCCGUCUGCACAAGCCCAGAUAAAGACAGGGUCGAAGUAUUACGGUCACAGAUAGCGGAGGCACAACGAAAGCUAGCGGAAUUACAAAACCCGGAAACGACUUUUGAUUUCACUCCCAGCACAGUCGAACGGGAGCCCAAGAUCACAAAGGCGGAGGAGAAAGCCGUAAUGGUGGGAAGAGGUUGUCAGAGAUUGGGCCAGAGCGGUUGGUACAACGUACGCUUCACGGACACGCAGAAGCAGUUUCAGGCUACACCGAUUUUCACGGCGCUGAAGCCUAAUAACCUUCUUGCCAGCGUCACGCCAAAGUACAGUCGAACUGCCGAGAUCCUGGAGAGAGCGGACUUGACUCUCGGCGCCAUCACGCAUGGUCUCAUUCAACACCGACUCAUUUUCCAAAACCUGUUGGAUAACCUGCCAAGUGAUAUUAAGAAACGAGUCGGGGUAGACUUCGUUGAGGCUGACUCCUCUUUUCGAAAGAGCACAGACGCGUUAAUACAGUAUACGUGUGGUCGACGCGCAGAGGUCAUAAAAGAAAGGAGAGAUCUGUAUAAACCAAAGAACGUCACGUAUAAAAAUAUACUAAGAGACAUCCCACCCUCCGAUACCCACCUAUUUGAGGAGAAAACUCUCAGUGAAACGGUAAAAGAGUUAGGAGGUAUCAAUAAAAUUUUCCCUCCAAAACGAGGUAAACUGGUUGUACCGAGACCAGCAUAUCAACAAGAGUCUAAAGAUCCUCCACGUAGGCCUUACCCCAAAGCACGCUAUGGCCAAAGAGAUUCACAUAAAGCACCGAAGCCAAACAGGCCAUUUCGUCCAUCAAGGGAAGAAAAACGCAAGCCCUUUUUCAGGGGGGGUAAGCAAGGGAAGGAGGGAGGAAAGUGACUCUUUCAGAGCGG